AUGGACUAUAAAACCGAACAGAAGGAUCGAGGACCACAUACAAGGCAUCCAUCCGCACCGAGCUACUGGCGAGUGACCAAAUUACACCGUAUCUGCGAUGCUUUGUAUUACUUCGGUACAUUUCCUGUCGGAGUGGCCACAUGUGUGAUGUUUUGGGUGUUGUAUGCAAUUGAGCCGACUUUGGUGAUGCCGUUAUGGGCUGAGAAGUUGAUACCGCGGUUCGUGAAUCACGUCACGCAUACCGCUCCAAUACCGUUCGUUUUGGUCGAUACUCUACUCACGUGCCAUCAUGCACCGCCAAAAAAACUUGGUUCUGUCGUUUCGGUUGCGCUGGUAUUCGGGUAUUACUUCAUUGUUUUGAUGGUGCGUCUGGUUGAUGGUUAUUGGUUAUAUCCAUUGUUUGAUCACUUGAAUGGAGUCUAUUUCACUGGUGUUUUCAUUUUAUCGUGCAUCGGUUUUUGCGCUCUUUAUGUCCUUGGCGAUUUUAUGAACACAGUUCUUUGGGUUCCGCAUCACAUCACUUUUCCAGCUAGUCGUUGUUUGUGCUCUGAGAUUGAGGUGAUGCGCCUCAUUCGGACGAGUUUCUCAGAAGGAAAAACACAUGAGCAGGAGGUUGACACGUUCUCGGUAGCGUCAUCGAAUGAAAUCCUCAUUCACUUGAUGCUGCCAACCUAA